AUGUCUGCUCCCAACAACAACAGCACCGCACGCGCCGCCAACUCCAGCAUCUCUUCGUCGGUGCCCAAAUGGGGCGAGCCUGGAUUUGUCACCGUCGAAGGCGCCACAUUCGGUGAAGAUGGUUUCGUGCCUUGCGGCAGAUCCGGAAACAGGACUCCGCGUGCAAACCUCCAUCACACGGCCGACGAGUGUCGCUUCGGAGAUCCUCUCCGCUCUGCUACUGACCGUGUGCCCAGAAGAGAAGCCGCCCGUGGAGCAUCAACCUCAGAUCGCGGCCGCAGCCGCCAAAACGUCUUCUCUGGCUCCAACUACCAGAACAACUCCCCUGGCCUCGGCCCAUCCACCACGUUCCCUGGCUUCGGCCAACAGAACAACUACCCCGGCUACGGCCAACAGAAUUUCCACCCUGGCUACGGCCAGCAGAUCCAACAACUGCAGCAGGAGCAACAGCAUCGGCAAAUCCAGCUCCAACACUUUCAGCAGCAGCUGCAGCAGCAGCACCAACACCAACAGCAACAAAUGCAGUAUCUUCUGCAGCUCGCACAGCAUAUCGAGCAGCAGCCCUCUGCCGGUCCCCCUCGCCAUGGAGGUCACCAAGAACCUGGCGCCACGAAGAACAAGAAGAGAAGCGCCGACGACCAUUGGCAAUCCGGACCCCGUAAGAGGCACAAACGCAGCCCUGGUGAUGCUGGUGGUGCCGGUGCAGGCGGCCAAGCCACGAUUUGA